GUCCUUGAAGGGCAAGAUCGUAGGGAAGAAGGGGUUCCUCCCUACUCUAUCCGGUCGUCUUUCUUUUUCCUUUUUCCUUUUUCCUUUUUCCUUUUCCCCUCGCUGCUCCAUUUCCUUUUCUCACUCAGCACAGCCUUCUACGGGGUAGCGUAGCAAAGUUGGGUUACCCAUAACGCAUAUGAGCACAGGUAGAGUACUCGAGUGGACUAUCAUAAGGUUUUUGCAUAGAACAUGAUUGGUGGUGGGGCUCCGUUUGUUUGGUUUGGUUUCGGUUGCUGGGCCUCGUUUUGGUGGGUUGCUAUGAUGGCGUGCCGGUACCGGUAGUUUGCGAGUUACAUGUUGUGCUCGUAAAUUAGUAAAUUAGGAGGGAACCCAGCUGCCAGCCCACUCCAGCCCUGCUUCGUCGCCAUCUGACUGAUUUCGCUGUGGCCCAGCGGCGCCUAUUUAAGUUCCACCCCUCUGCCUCCUCCUACGGUACCCCCUUCUCUCUCUCCCCACCAAGAACAUUCCUGCCUCCGCCCUCUCCCUUCGCAUUCCCGUCCAACACACAAGCUAUCACCGGCACAACACUACUACAUUUCAAGUCCAAACCACUGCUCCGAAGCACCCAGAAACAGCUUUCCCGCAUACCCAACCCCCCUCGAAGUCUGUUUAUGUCCAUCGAAAAUCUCAAGGUUAAUGAUCCUUUCGCCGACGACGUUGGUGAUACUCAGCCCAAGAAUUACGUCCAUAUUCGUAUCCAACAGCGCAACGGUCGCAAGACCUUGACGACUGUCCAGGGGUUGUCUAAAGAAUACAGUCCUAAAGCUCUUUUGAAAGCUUUCAAAAAGGAAUAUGCUUGCAAUGGCACUAUUAUCCAGGAUAAGGACAUGGGAGAGGUGAUCCAGCUUCAAGGCGAUCAUCGUACAAAGGUUAUGGACUUCCUUACCGAUAAAGGAAGCGACAAGAUGGGCAAGUACGCACUUGCCAAAGAGAAUAUCAAGAUCCACGGGUUUUAAGCCCUGCGUCUCCAGCCUUCCUCAACACCGUUUACGUUGGUAUUUGAGGAAUGCUUUGCGCUGGAAGACAUGUGGGGUUUAUUACAGUGUGCAUGCUUGAGAUUUCGGGGGUUUGCAGUAUACAUACUUAAUAAAACGUUACUCCAACGGA